CUGGAAAAAACAAUCAAACCGGUUGUGUUGAACAGUCGGGAGGACAGAACGGAGACACGUCGGGAGAUUACGCACACACACACUCAUACACACACAGGCUUGUGAGAUGCGUGUCUCCAACAGCUGCGGUGGCACAAAAAUGCGCGCUGACAGCAGCCAUCUCCAUGUGGACCGUUCUUUUGCCGGCAGGAUGUUUCACAGUUUCCCGCAGACUGUCGCCAGAAUUCCCGCUUCUCUGAAGACUUGAGGAGUCGGAACAACUUUGGCUUUUUUGGACUUUAACGCGCGACCCGAAGGACGGAGAGUGGAGCAGCGAUGCGCGCAGACGGACUCUCCAGCUCGGCUUUGCGCACAGAACCAGCGCGGGGUUUGGCGCGCCAGUAGCGGUCAGGAGGGAUGUUCUCUGCGGAAAUGCGCGCUGCGGAUCCGGCCGCCGGGACCAGCUGCAUACGGAGGCUCUGGCAGGCUGUGACAGGACCUGACACGGACUGGGGCUGAGGAUGUUCGUCUUGGGAACUGUUGAAGCGCCCGGAUCCACAAUAGUUAUUGAAAAAAAAUAUACAAGAGAAAUGUCAGUUUUUAUUGUGGUUUUGUUCGGAGACUGAAGGACAGCGUGCGUCUUAGGAUUUUAUUUAAGAAAUAACCUGACAAAUCUAAAACUUUUUUGAUUUGAUUUGACAACUUUACACUUGUUUUGAAAAAUAUGGAUUAAGAUUCCUUUUUGCUUUUGCCCUAAAGUCUGUUCUUCCAGACUUUCUUGCACUUUAUUUUGUAAUCAGUUUAUGGAAUAUUUCAUGUGGAUUAUAUCAGAACCUCAACAAAAUUGAUGGGACAUAACCGCCACAUACAGCUUGAUUUUUUUUUUUUAAUUCUAGAGUGAAAUGAGCUUAAAAAUCACCCAACAUGGCUGGUAGCUGCACUGCAUGUUGGUUUUUCUUUUUAACACUGUUUGCAGUGGGAGCGGCUUUUUCUGGAGUCUUCAACUUCACAGAGAAAGACUUUUUCACAGAAGACUUACAGCAGGUCAAGCUUACGCAAGCUGGAGCCACGGAGCCGUGGAAGCUUCACUCUGUUGACUCCCACCCCAGCCUUUAUUUUAACCAAGCGGAUGUGUUGCACCUGAGACAGAGGUCCUCCACCACCCACAGCCACAUUUUUAAAGUCAUCCGUGCAGCCGUGCUCACCAUGUUGUCAAACUUCCCCCUCUACAUGCCUCCUGUGAAACACGAGGAGUUUACCAGCAAGUGGAAUGAAAUUUAUGGGAACAACCUGCCUCCUCUGGCUCUCUACUGCCUGCUGUGUCCCGAGGAUUCUGCUGCCCUCCAGUUCCUCAUCAAGUUCAUGGACAGGAUGGCUGAAUAUCCAGACUGGAAGGUGACCAGUGCGCCAAACGACGAGGUUCCCAUGGCACACUCUCUGACCGGGUUUGCCACAGCUUACGACUUUGUUUACUCUUACUUGGAUGACCGGAGGCGGGGUCUGUACCUUCAGAAAAUUCGCUCUGAGACAGAAGCACUGUAUGAGGUUUCUAAAUACAGAGGUUGGGGGAAACAGUACCUCCAGAAUCAUCAAACCACUAACAUAUUAGCCAUUCUGACUGGUGCGAUUGUGGUGGGUUCACACGACCUUCCAGAGUCAAUGAUCUGGAAGCAGGUGGCUGUGAACUACAUGGAGAAAACCAUGUUUCUUUUGAAUCACAUUAUUGACGGCUCUUUGGAUGAGGGGGUAGCGUACGGAAGCUACACGGCCAAGUCCAUCACGCAGUAUGUCUUCUUAGCGCAGCGCCAUUUCAAGAUCGACAACACGCAGAACAACUGGCUGCGCAGUCACUUCUGGUUUUACUAUGCCACUCUGCUGCCGGGCUUUCAGAGAACGGUCGGCAUCGCAGACUCUAACUACAACUGGUUUUACGGCCCGGAGAGCCAGCUGGUUUUCCUCGACACGUUCGUGAUGAAGAACGGGACAGGGAAUUGGCUGGCGCAGCAGAUCAGAAAGCACAGACCCAAAGAUGGCCCCAUGGGGCAGUCCUCAGCUCAGCGCUGGGCUACGCUCCACACAGAGUUCCUGUGGUACAGCUCCCACCUCACGCCGCAGCCUCCUCAAGACUUUGGCAAAGCCAGGAUGCAUAUUUUCUCAAACUGGGGCGUGGUUACCUACGGAGCCGGGCUUCCCACUGGCCAAGGCAACACGUUUGUCUCCUUUAAGUCUAGCCGGCUGGGCGGCCGCGCCGUCUACGACAUCGUUCAUGAUAAGCCUUACUCCUGGGUGGACGGCUGGAACAGCUUUAACCCCGGACAUGAGCACCCGGACCAGAACUCCUUCACAUUUGCUCCAAACGGGCAAGUCUUUGUGUCUGAAGCACUUUAUGGCCCAAAGUACAGCUAUCUGAACAAUGUACUGGUGUUUGGCCCCUCCCCUACCAGCCAGUGCAACAGUCCUUGGGAGGGCCAGUUAGGGGAGUGCGCCAAGUGGCUGCGCUGGACUGAUGAAGGGGUGGGUGACGCCAGAGGGGAGGUGAUUGUGGCCUCCUCACACGGUGACUCCAUGUUUGUGAGCGGGGAAGCGGUGUGGGCCUAUUCCCCGGCCAUGAAACUAAAGAGCGUUUUCAGAGCGUUGCUUCUUCUCAACUCCCAGACGCUGCUGGUGCUCGAUCAUGUGGAGAAGUGGGGCGACUCGCCCGUGAAGUCUCUCAGCGCUUUUUUCCACAACCUAGACAUCGACUUCAAAUAUGUCCCUUUCAAAUUUAUGGAGCGAUUCAACGGGGCGAUGAUGGACGUGUGGGACGCCCAUUAUAAAAUGUUCUGGUUUGACAGCCAGGGUCAGAGCCCUGAAACCAGAAUACAGGAGGCAGAGCAGGCAGCAGAGUUUAAGAAGAGGUGGACUCAGUAUGUUAAUGUCACUUUUCCAAUGACAGGCGCAGUCAGCAGAGUGGCUUACAUAUUACAUGGGCCAUAUGCAAAAGUGUCUAACUGUAGAUUUAUAGAUAACAGCAGAAAUGGGGUGCGGCUUUCUCUAACUAUAAAUAACACAGAGAAGAUCGUCUCAAUAGCUACAAACUAUAAAGAUAUUGGAGCACGGCUGACUUAUUUAGGAUUUGGAGGUCACUGUAAAGUUGAGGAUCGAUAUCAAAUCACCAGAUAUGGUGUCGGGACUCAUCUCAUCCCUAAACAAAUCGCCGCCGACAGCCAGCUGUUUGACAUUGGCUUCACAGUUAACGUGAUAGCAGGGGUGGUUCUCUGUGUGGCCAUAGGGUUUCUGACCCUGCAGAGAAAGUUUUACGUUUGCUUCAGCAGGCUGAUGCGCUACGCCCUCCUCUCUGUGCUCCUUCUGUGGAUCGCGGAGCUGCUGUUUCUUUCCAGCAGCUGUGAUCAGCUUCUCUGUGGGGUAAAAUGGAAAGGUGCGGGCGCCAGAAGUGAGGUAAACAAACAGAUCAGGCUGUACGAGCAGCAGCGGCUCCCCCUCCCCACCGUCCUAAUAACCACCCUCCCCGGAUCGGGGGCGGAAUUACUGAAGCACCUUUUCUAUAAUACCUCGGACUUUGUUUACAUAAGGGUUCCCACGGAACACGUGGAAGUUCCCGAGACCGAGUUUGAGUUUGACUCUCUGGUUGAUGCCUGUGAGUGGUCGAGGGCUGACGCCGUAAACGGGCGGUUUAAAAUGAUCCAGGGCUGGCUCCAGUCGCUGGUGCACGACACUAAGCUGCACUUACAAAACAUUCAGCUGGCAGAGGGCAGCCGGGUCAAACAGACACAGAGGGUUGGCCCCUCCAGGGACAGGAAAAGAAGGUCCAGGCGCAGAGAGCCGGCCUCUGAACUGAAGGGCACGCUGAGGGCCAGCCUGGACAGAGAUGCGGAGUACAUCAGGGAAAUGAGGCGCCACGUGGCGGAGUACCCCAACGCAAGGGUGGUCCUCAACAUGCGGAGCGGGAGCUGGACGCUGAAGCUGCCUUUCAUUCAGGAAGCAGUGGGAUCUUCCUUGAGGACAAUCUACGUGGUGCGGGACCCUCGAGCCUGGAUUUAUCUCAUGGUUUAUAACGGCAACCCCAGCCUUUACUCCCUAAAAAACAUCCCACAGCACCUUUCCUUGAUUUUCAGCAAAAACUCUGUCGGGGACGGGUGUCCAGUUGUUGCACCGGAGUUUAAAAUACUGCAGAGGCUGCUGUCUCAUUCGGAGACAAACCCUAUUUUGACUCUGGCCCAUCUGUGGUUGGCUCACACCGCUGCAGCUCUGAGGGUCAGCAAGAGCCUCCCCGAGGAGGCCCACCUCCUCAUGAGGUUUGAGGACCUGGUCAGCUUCCCUCAGGAGACGGCUGAGACGAUACACACUUUCCUGGGGGUGCCCCUGUCCCCCGCAGCCCUCAAUCAACUCAUGUUCACCACCUCCACCAACCUGUACAACCUGAUGUAUGAAGGGGAGGUCUCACCAGCCAAUAUCAACAUGUGGAGGCAAAAGAUGCCCCGAAAGGAUGUCAGACUCAUCGAGGAUGUGUGUGGAGCUGUGAUGAAGAGGCUGGGUUACACCAGGUUCUCCAGGUGACUGCUGCUGGUCAGCUGCUGUUGAGCUGUCAUGUUUACUGUAAUCCAGCUGCCGGUCCUAUUGUUUAUGCACUGAUGGUAACUUUGGAUAAACUUCACAGUCGUGUCCAUGUGUUUUCUCUCUGUUGUGUGAAGGCUCAUUGAUGACGGCACCAAAACUAGAUGAGAAAAUAAUAUUUUAUAUUAAAAUAAGUAGAAGGAAGCUUAUUUUACAUUUUCUAUCACUCUUUUUUGAGUGAAACUUUAAGCAUUUGUGAAUGAUCACGAUUCACUGUUUAAUCAAAUUUAAACUUUAUCUCAUUUGACAUUUCUGUGUUCAUGUAACAUGCGUUUGUUUUCCUCUGGUAUUUUGGAGGGUCUUUAAAGAGAAGUUUGGGGAAAAAUUGGCUUUUCCUUUCAGAAUUUCUGAGUGCUGUUUCCGUUUAAUGCUUCAGGCUUAGAGGAAAACGAGACUUCAGAGAUACGGACACAGGAAUGCAUUUUUUUUACAUCAAUGGAAAUGUUUGUGAUUUAAUGUUAAAGCUCAGAGACGGUUGGCUGUCAGCACUUUCACAAAGACUUCCUUGCGUGAGCGCUGAGAGCCAUGCUCCUUCUGAGGAGGUGCAUUCUCCAACCCUCACUUCUUUACUGUUUUUGCUUGAUUAGGAAAGAAAUAGAAAUCCUGAGAAGAAAUGACGUCUGGAGGAAGUCAAGUCAGAAGUAUUUAUAGCUUGCAAAGACUUAUAUCCCAAAGGAUCAGGAAUGAUUAUUCUAGCGACUCCCUUUAGCAUUUAUUCAAUCAGAGGGAAAUGCUUAAUGGGGAUCAAAAUGGGGGGAAAAAAACUUCUAGCUUUGACACAUUUCAAGUCAAAGCAAUUUCCAAAGCCUUCCCCUCAGCUACUCAUAUUAAUCUGCAAAAUGCCAUAACUGGGACUCUGGGCUGUGUUUUAUUGCUGUGAUAUUUUCAGCGUAAAAAGACUGGAGGAAAUGUAAACGUCUCCUUUUCUAGCAUUCAGUCAGUCAACUUUCCUUUUGGGUUUUUGUCUGGAAAGAGUAAUCAGAUGAGCUUUAAAUCUAAAUAAGAAAGUCAAAAAAGAGAGACCGUUUCUACUCUGUGAUGUUUAGCUGUGGCUUGGGCAAAAAUGUACGCCGCUCAGUUUGCUUUGAUGCCGUCUCGCUUAAACAUUUCUGUACUGUAAACGGAUCAUAUGUAACAUGCAGAUGGUGCACUCAUCUAUGGACCCGCUGUUGCAUUACACGCAACUCUGCUUGGAAGUAUCCAUCGUUUUCUCCACAACAAAGAGACCUGUUUGUUUUCCUCUCUGUGAACACUUAAACCCUUGAAUGGCUGGAAACCCUGUUUGAUGUGUUUGUGGUCUUUGAAUCUGUAGACUUGGCAGACAUGCUUUCACUUUGGUGUUGCAAUCUUGUUAACCAACCCUGUUUUGUAUUUGCUCGUGGGGAUAUGGUUACUCGCUUCUGUGGCCUUGAAUUACAAUAAUUUCUUUACAAGAGUUUUAUGUGGGCUGUGCUGCAGAAGGUGGAGAUGAUAUGCAGACGCAAAUAAAUUGAUAAAAGUAU